GGCAGCACUGUUAGGUGUGUUGGUAGUGGGAGCAGGUAAGACUAGCCGCUCUCUCGCGCACGGUACAACGUGCACUCGAGAAACCCCGCGUAGUAGCCAACCAAACAGGCCACGACCGAAGAAACAACUAACAGCAACGGCGACGGUCAUAGAACAGCACUUGUAGCUCUAAUUUUUAGCUGUAGCUGUGGCAGGGACUGCUUCAAUCCAUCGGAACGGCGGAACGGAAAGCAACUUUGUCGGCAUAGCCUACUGGUAAUCAUACCGGACCUAACUGCGAAAAUUGUAAUCGUAACUUACCGACACCGGCACCCGCAAUUUUAGUCGUCCUUUUCGCGCGGAAUCCUGCAGCUACUGCUGCUAACGAAUUAGGUGAACUAGGAUAGAGCAAACUGCGCAACGUGUUAGACGUUUAAGUUUCAAGGAGCAGCGCGGCAAGCUCGAAGUGACAUAGCGUGUUUGCACUAGUGGUCUCUGCGUGGAACACGCGUUAGACAUAGUCAAGAUGUCGAAGAAAGACAAAGGGGAUUACAGCUCAGUGCCGGCCAAAGAAGGCACUGGUAAAGAAGACGCUAAUCAGGACGACGACGUGAUUUGUUUGAAGCCGAAAAUGACGUUGGUCAACGGUAUCACUGUGAUUGUCGGUUCGAUCAUCGGUUCCGGGAUCUUCGUCAGUCCCAGAGGCGUGUUGGAAAACACCGGCUCGGUGAUGGCCUCUAUCGUGGUAUGGGUGACCUGUGGCCUGUUCUCUAUGAUCGGGGCGUAUUGCUACGCUGAACUAGGCUGUAUGAUCACAAAAACUGGUGCCGACUAUGCGUACAUCAUGGAGGCUUUCGGCCCCUUAGUGGCGUUCCUUCGCCUUUGGGUCGAAUGCAUUAUCGUGCGACCGUGCUCACAAGCGAUCGUGGCGCUCACAUUCUCGUUCUAUGUCUUACGACCGAUCUUUCCGAAUUGCGAGCCACCCGACAAUGCCGUCAGAGCCCUGGCAGUCGUCUGUAUUCUUCUUCUGACGUUCAUCAACUGCUGGGACGUAAAAUGGGCGACAACUGUGCAGGACGUGUUCACCUACGGAAAAUUACUAGCACUGGCAAUCAUCAUCACAACUGGCUUCUACCAACUCGGCAAUGGAAAAACGGAGUACUUUACGUGGGACAAUACAGAAACAGACAUCACGAAGAUCGCGUUAUCUUUUUACUCCGGUCUUUUCGCCUACAACGGAUGGAACUACUUGAACUUUGUCAUCGAAGAACUAAAGGAUCCUCACCGCAACCUACCACGUGCUAUUUUCGUUUCGUGUGUCCUGGUAAUGGUUGUCUACACGUUGGCCAUUGUAGCAUUUCACACGACCCUUUCAAUUCCGGAAGUGCUGGCCACCGAGGCUGUUGCGGUCAAUUUCGCUGAAAAACUUUACGGAUGGAUGGCGUGGAUCGUCCCCGUUUUCGUAGCAUUGUCCACUUUUGGCGGCGUAAACGGUAUUCUGUUUACGUCAUCACGACUCUUCUUUGCUGGUGCCGAGAACAACCAAAUGCCCCGUCUGCUCUGUAUGAUUCAGAUGAGCCACCUCACGCCAACACCAGCUAUUCUCGCCAUGUGCCUGCUCUCACUGGUUUACCUCACCUCGAAGAACAUUAGCGCAUUAAUCACCUACGUGGGUUUUGCUACUUGGCUGUCGAUUGGGCUUGCCGUUGCUACAUUGCCAUAUUUCCGCUGGAAGCAUCCAGAAUGGGAAAGGCGCGUCAAGGUACACAUGAUAUUCCCGGUCAUCUAUCUGGCGGCGACGGCUUUCAUCACUAUUGUCCCUAUGAUUGCGAAACCGACCGAAACUGGAGUCGGAUGUCUGAUCAUUGCUACUGGGGCGCCCGUCUAUUACGUAUUCUGUGCUUGGAAGAGUAAACCAAAGUUCAUUCAGAAGUUCUUCUAUAACAUGACUGUCACUUUACAAAAGAUUAUGAUGGUUGUUGAAACGGAGAAGGCUCGCAACGUCUAAGCGUCUUUCACAUUAAAUAUGAAGAUAACCCUUCUUCUCUCGAACGAUGCUCGAAUCCGACAUUUCGCCAUUAUCGGAGCAAAAAAAUUUUUAGCAGCGGUUUUCUUAGCUUACGAAUUGAAGUGUGGCCCAUUUCGAUCUUUAGCCGCUCUACUCAGCCGCUACUACGAAGAUUGUGUGGAAUACUUUUUUAGGUGGUAGAUUGUUAGAACAAAGUUUAAGCUUAAAUUGAUGAUUGUAUUUGUUAAUCUGUGAGAUUAUAUAGAUAAAUUUUUCUAUAUGAGAAAAAGGUCGCACUGAAAUUACUCAAGAGCGUUUCUAGUAUAAUGAAACUUAGGGAGUUUGGUUCUGAGACGGCUGCGCCUUGAACUUUCGUGGGCGCGUGGGAGAAGGUAAUUUUGGAUUGAAGACUAUUACGCCAUAAUUGGAUUUCCUCUAUUCUCGGUCGUUGUCGAAGAGGGAAACGACCAAAAAGUGGCUGAGAAAGUAGACUACAAGUCGUUACACAGCCAUAUCGCUCUUAAAGGCAGCAGAAAACUAGUUACUAUAAUUACUGUGUGUCUAUGACGUGCACAAUUUGGAAGUAAGAAGCGGAACUCUCUACAAGACGCCCAACGACAGAGGACGCUUCAACGAACGAAACACAUGACCUCUAUGACAGUAUACGACUUAUGUGUGUAUGUAUUCCACAUAUAUCACCUGUGUCUUUAUAUGAAAAGUUAAUCGAUAGGCCAAAACGAAGGACAAAUAAAAGAUCAUGCAUUUUCCAAAGUGUUCCAGUGGUUAAGUAAAUGAUGAAAGUAUACUCGCGUUACGUGUUCAUAUAGGCAGCAAAUGGCUUAUUUUGAAUGCAUCAUAGCAGUGUUUGUCUCUGUUAUCACCAUAAACUAACCAAUUUAUGCGCGAAGUAAACACGAAAAAUAGAGAGAAGCCGAUGAUCUUGACGAAGCUUUUACUACCUUUUAAACAACGAGUAAUCAAAGGAAGAGAGAGAAAUCUACGGCUCUACGUAAACUGUUCGAGUCGUCACAGAAGGCACAAACUACUAAUAGCUAAAAAACCAAAAAAACGACCCGAUGAUAUUUAUAGGAAAAAUACGCAUGAACCUAUUUUACCGUAGUAUCGUUAUUUAACAAAUUAUUGGAUAUUAAAUUAUUUACCCACGUGUUCAGAGUUUCAAUGAAAUCUUACGUUGAAAAUAUUAUUAAGUUUUGCCAAGUGGUGCAACGGCCUCCCUAACUGGUCGCAACAACAUAAAUGUACGUAAGUAUCGCUUUAUUUUGCCAUAUAUAACAGAGUAGAGCGAUAUUUACCAAAACCAUGUGCUCCCUUUUCUUCAACGAUGCUAUUACUACCUUCUGUAUAUAGGAUCUGAGAAAAUAGCCAGAACAAAGACCGAAAGAAUAUUCAUGAAGUGAACCUGACUCUAAAAUGCUUAGUAAAUGAAAAAUUAUAUUUAUAAUUUAAUAAUAUUAUAUUAGGGAAUGACGACUGACUGACUGACUGACUGACUGACAGACAGGCUGAUAGAAAAAGCACUAAAAGAUAAGCAAGAGUUACCGUUGUAGAGAAAAAGCGCGAGGUGGAAGGAAGGUGUACCCGUACUGUGUGAGAUAAAAUCAGCUAUUACGGAUAUUAUUAGUUCGUAACGAGGCAGCACCUACUAUUGUUUCGUCGUUGGAAACGAAGCCGCAGAUCGGUCAAAAUGAAAAAAAAAUAAGUGUUAAGCUUUCAAAGUUCUGGAAUAAAUAUCCUCACAUAGAUGUCGA